AUGGAGGAGCAUCCUGCUUUUGGAGGCCGUGGGCCGACGAGCAUUAAUGGUUUUCACGAUGACUAUCAACGGGAACGGGCCCCUCGGGAGCCAAUAAGCACGCAGGACAUGGACCUUGAAGACGACCUGGAUCAUCGGAUCGGCCGUGAGCGGCCUAGCAGAAGCCCCACCUUUGAUCCAACUGCGCCCACCGAAGAUCCGGUGCCCCGUAUUGUCCUUUGUGAAGACCGCCCCAUCGAGAAUCUCCCGGCGAUGGUAUCUCCAGAGCUGAAGCUAAUUGGUCGUUGUGUGACCUUCCUCGUGAAGCAGACUCUCAAUGGCGUACUGGCCACUUCCUACUACUAUAUCGGGCUUGUAUCCACUGUCACGGUGAGCACCGCGACCUUGAUGCACGUCAACCGGUAUACGCCUGCCGAUUUCAAGGCGUACAAGUCGCGUGAGCAGCGCUUGGCAAAGGGUGUAGCCGUCCCUGCAAAUUCCGGCAGCAGUAUCGGUAACGAUGGAGGUCGCGAAUUCAACGAGAAGUCGAUGAGCCCAAACAAUCGCCCUCCUUCAUCUCUAUCUGGUAGUGAGCUUCGCUCCUACAGCCGAGCCAAUGACGACGAAGUGGCUGCUGCCGAGGAUGGGGGUCUCACAAGAAUACGCGGCACUGGACGACUCACUGACUUGUACGCUUCCGGUAGCUUAGCCCAUUCAGCUCUACUGACGACAGAGACGGAGCUAGAAACUGCCAUCUCGAAGCAGCGGGACAAGGAGCAGCUUCUGGCCCCGUAUACAUCACUCGAAGAGAACCAGGGGCAGCCGGAAGCAGGAGGUGCUGCACGGCACAGGCACUUUCGGCGCUUCAGCGGAUCCAUCGGGCCGAUCCCGUACGUGACCUUCUUGCGCAAGAGCAUCCACGACGUCGAAUUUGGUCGCGACCCGAACGCCAUCUUCUACUCGCUCUUCCAGAACCCGGCGAAGCACAUUGACGACAUGCAGUGCCUGCGCAUGUUUGUGCGGCGCUACCUGGUGCACACGAGCGAGGGUAACAACCCGCGCCAGGUGCCGCUCUACGCAUUCCUGUCUGCCCGGUGUGCGUGGCCGGAUGUGGACCGUGAGCUGGUGAAUCGGCUGGUGCAUGAGGAGCUUGCCGCUCUCGUCAAGGCCGACCGCGCCAUCGCGGCGGAGAAGGAGCGAAAACGCGCCCGCGAGGAGCGGCAGCUGCAGCGUUAUCGCGCGCCUGCUGGCCUCUUCUCCAGUACGGGCAUCCUCUAUCUCACGAAAAUUCCGCAGAGAUCCUUCUUUUCAGGCAUUGUCACGCUUCUGUUUACUUUGCUCUUCGCUGUCUAUCUUGGCGUGGUUCUUAGUAUCACUAGCGACGCCCUUAUUGUAAGCUUCGUGAACAAAUUCAUCUUCUUUUUCGUCGCCUCUGUUGUGGUGUGGCCCACCGCUGCUGUGGCGAUCAUGUUGCACGCCAGCAAGGGUCACAUUCCCUUACUAGUCGACCACUUUCGACUUGGUACGCGCAUCGCAUUCACCCUGGCGGCUAUUGGAUGCUGUGUGAUGACGCUGCUCGUUGUGCUCUGGAAAAUGACGAACCAGGCAAUGUUCGACCACAUGCUUGUGCAUCAGAGGGACCAGCUCUGCGCCUUCUACCAGCAGCAUACAUGUACGGGUUUCUCGGAAGCGUGUGGGUCCGGCAGGAUCAAUCCAAAUCUGUGCUUGUUGUGCACCAAUAUGCCGGUGACAAACACCAGCUGCUACGCGUAUCUAUGGGUGGAGGUCGAGAAGGCCCUUGUUCCUCUCCUGUGCUUCACCUGCAUCAUCCUGAUGGCCACUGUGUACGCUGCUUAUCUGGUUGUAAAGCUGUUUUUGUUUGUCGAGGUCAUGAUGGGACGGAUUGUGUGA